UGCGCCCCCUGGUGGAGAUAAACGGUACCUGCUUCUCUUCCUGUCGAUCGAGAACAGAAACUGAAAGAAUAAAACAGUUUAGAGCAGAAAUCGUCGGCGUGAGGUUCCUUUCACCAUGUCAUCAGAAGAGGAUUUCUCCCUGGUGGCGACUGACAAAAAUGAAGACACAAUAGAGGGAAUCCAGGCUCUAAUCAAGGAUUACCAGAAAAAAUACUCUGUGAUCCUGGAGGAGCAGAAGGAUUUACAGCGCUUCAUUAAGGAACGACAAGAUAUGACCCAAAAGUUCAAGCAACGCACAGAAAAAGUGACGGAGGGUCUGAGAAAAGACCAGAUCGCCUUCGAAGAACAGAUCACAGCUGAAAAGGCCAGGUUGGACGCCCUGAAGCAGGAGGACUGCGAACUCCAGGAGGAGUUACAGAGAAUCCAGGCUGAAAUCAAGAAGGAAGAUUCCCAAAACGCCCAACUGAAGGAGCGAGCGGACGUGUUCUCCAAGAUGCCGGAGAAGAAUUUCGUCUUCACCGGGAAGACGGGAAAGGCCGAAGACGUGGAGGAGUUUGAGAUGAUGCCGCACAUCAGGUACCCGAUGGAAGAGGGAACGGCGCUCAUCACGUUCGAGGAGGAGGAAGUGGCGACGAAUAUUCUGGAAAAGAAGAGACAUAAGGUGGAUCUGGGAGGAGAGUGCCGCAUCAUAGUGGAGGCCCAGCCGGUUCACCUGCUGAUGCCCAGCCUGGUGGAGAUCGACACAGACAUCUGUCCUCACCGGAUUUUGGUGUCCAACCUGCCCAACAUGGACACGGAGAUGCUGCUGAGCAAACUGGAAAUCCACUUCUCCAAGUCCAAAAAUGGAGGCGGCGAGGUGGACUCCUGCGACUUCCUGCCGGACUCGGGGACGGUGGUCAUCGCGUUCGUGAUGGAGAACAUUGCAGAACAUUUGGCAGUAAAAGAACACCAUAAAAUAGAUUUCAACAAAAACAAGCACACAGUGAGAGUGACGCCUUUCGUAAACGGAAAAAUCACAAACUUGAAGACCCGGACCUCCAUGUGCCCUCGGACCGUCCUGCUGACGGGAAUCCCGGACGUCAUGGACCGGGAGACGAUGCAGGACAUGCUGGAGAUCCACUUCCAGAAAAACGGCAACGACGGCGGCGAGAUCGAAGCCUUCCUGUACAACCCGCUGGGCCAGCAGACCCUGGCGCUGUUCGGCAGCGCCACCCCAGAACCUGAAGAGGAGUAGAAGAUCCGGCUGCUCCAGAACCGAACUGACCGCCAGACAAACAUCUGCACUCUGUUUCUGAUGGCCCUCAGCCGAACUCUGUUCUGUUAUUUGUUGUUUUGGGAAUAAUCGGAAUGGUGAACGGUGCGUAACGUCAUGGUUUAGGAAACUGAAAGUCGAUCUAAUUUAGAUUCCCAGAUGAAAAUUAUUGUAAGUUUUAUCUACAUUAGGCCUGUAACAAACGACUAAUUGAUUAUUCAGACGAUUAAUCGAAUUUUUACACGAUUAAUCGGGUAAAGAAAUGGACACAUUCUGCUGAUUUUUCAUUUAACCACUUAAGUUUUUUUAAACAAUAUUAGAAAUACAAUAAAACACGAUGUCCAAACUAUGUGCUGGGGGCCAUUUGGGGCCCUUGAAAUGCUUGUGUUUGGCCCCUGAUCACAAUCAAGAAUGGUGAAAACAAACAAAACAGAAAACAAUUGAUAUUCUUUUUUUGUAAUAAGGCAACAAUUGUAUACAGGUUUCAUUUUUAAAAAUGUUUACUGUUGAGCUGGUAAACAAAAAAUCGCAGACACCUGGAAAUACUGGUUUCCCCAUUUGAUUUCUUUGAAAAAAGUGAAUAUAUCAUGACAUUUUACUGUGUUUUGUGUCAUUUGACGAAAAGAUUAUCUGGGAAAAUAUGUAUUUUAAUAACUUUAAUAAUGUCCAUGUACCGUACUCUGGCCCAGGCUGCAAAACCAAAUUCAUCGACCUAAAAUAAAUUUUAGUCACGGUCCUACAAUAAUAAAACAUUAAUAGUUUGACAUGACACUGUUUUGAUGGAUUAGUUUAUAUAAAAAAUAAUAUGUAUUAAUGUAAUUAUGCUUUGUCAGAAUAUUUAUGCUGUCUCUUAAAUUUUGGAAAUGGAUUUCUCAAAUGUAAACAAGAAAGUUUGAAGAAUAUUAAAGUCUGGAUCAGCUUGGUUAAA